GCCAUGUCCCAGGCCACCAAGCGGAAGCACGUGGUGAAGGAGGCGCUGGAGGAGCUGGUGGUGCCCACAGCCCAGCAGCAGAUCGUGCGGGAUAACCAGCACUUGUAUUAACCCAGCGCCUGGAAGGAGUCACUGUGGGUUAAGGGCUUCCCUGCCUGUCGGCUGGAUGCGCUUAUCCCAGAAUAAAGACGUGGGCAGGGAAGAGUUGGCAUGGGGUCUGAUACUAAGGCUGCUUAUCCUAUGGAAAGGAAGGAGUUACCCCCAUUUAAAUGCUGCCUUCUCCGUCCGCUCUGUCCCAGAGGAGGGAAGGAAUUAACAUGGGUUGUGGGCAGCCCCGGGAACAACCUGCACGAGGUGGAGGCACCAGGGGGCGGGCGCUUCCUGGCCAGCAUGCCCCCCAAGUUCCGCCACAACCUGUGGAUCAAGAGAGGUGACUUCCUGCUGGUCGAUCCCAUCGAGGAGGGCGAGAAGGUGAAGGCCGAGAUCAGCUUCGUGCUCUACAAGGACCACAUGCGCUACCUGCAGCAGGAGGGGCUCUGGCCUGAAGCCUUCUCAGAUGCCCCCAACAGGCGGCCCAGCCCCCAGAGCAGGGUGGGGGAGCCGCCAGCCGCCCAGGAGGAUGAGGACAGCGACAGCGACUUGUUUGUGAACCCCAAUCGGCUCCGUGAUGCAGGCACUGACAGCGAGGAUGAGGACGAGGAUGAGAGUGAGGAAGAGGAGCAGUGACCCCUCCCCACCACUGGGGCUGCUAUGGACUCUGCUGGCAGGUGGGAGCCUCCCUGCCCCAGCACAAAAGAUGUGGCUGCUUCUGGGGUGGGGCAUAUCAUACAGAUAUGGCCACCUCUAGGGUGGGUGUUAGCAGCCAAGUGUAAUAAGCUGCUGCUGCCUCUGGGCUGGGUGUAACACCCACACCGUAACCUUGGGGAUGGGGUGCAAGCAGCUAAGUAGAACAGCAAUGGGACCACCACUGGGGCCUUAAAUCAAUGCAGCUGGUUCUGGGGUUGGGGCUCAUCAGCGGCCAAGCAUAAUGGCCACCUCAAUAAAGACACUGGCAACUGC